AUGAACGAUCCUUUCAUGCGUAACCAAAACGCCGCCAUACAGGCACGCCUAAGGUUCAGAACCGAUCCAAUGUUCUUCAGCUUAAGCUGGUUCGUCUCUCUUUUCUCCAGUUUAUUCCUACGAUUAAGAUUGAUCAUGGGUCAAAGCCAUCCAACAGGAUUGACGCCCAAUCUUUUGAAGCUCUUUGAGCCACGACCGCCCUUGGAGUUCCUGCCACCACCUGAGAAGAGAAAAUGCCCUCCUUAUACAGGCAUGGCUCAAUAUGUGAGCCACUUUGCUGAACCUGGAGAUCCAGAGUAUGCUCCACCUAAGCCUGAUGUUGAAACUCCUGCACAAAAGAGGGAGACAAUUCACAAGUCACGACUGGAGAAAGGUGUUGAAAAGGCUGCAGAAGAUCUAAAGAAUUAUGAUCCGAAUAAUGAUCCUAAUGCUUCUGGAGAUCCAUACAAGAUACUGUUUGUUGCAAGACUGAACUACGAGACGUCUGAGAGUAAGAUUAAAAGGGAGUUUGAGUCUUAUGGACCUAUUAAGCAGGUUCAUUUGGUGACUGAUCAGCAAACCAAUAAACCUAAAGGCUAUGCCUUCAUUGAGUACUUAAACACUCGUGACAUGAAAGCGGCAUACAAACAGGGUGAUGGAAAGAAGAUUGAUGGUAGAAGAGUGUUGGUUGAUGUGGAGAGAGGUAGAACAGUCCCGAAAUGGCGUCCUCGUAGGCUUGGUGGUGGACUUGGUACAAGCAGAGUUCCUGGUGAGAAGAUAUCUGGCGAGGAGGAUCAAAAACAACAACAACCAUCUCAAGGAAGGUCAUCCCGCUCCGAGGAACCUAGAGCUCGUGAAGACCGUGAGAAAUCUCGUGAUAGGGUCAAAGAAAAGGAACGUGAGCGGUCUCGUGAAAGGUCUCAUGAGAGGUCCCGUGAACGGUCGCGUGAUAGACCGAGAGAGAGUCAUAGAGAGGGUAAACACCACAGAGACAGUGACAGAGACAGAGACAGCAGGCGUGACAGAGGAGAUAGGGACCGUCGUACACGGGAUCACGAUCGUGAGAGGAGUCGGAAAAGGGAACGGGAGUACGAGAGCGUUGAGUAUGAAGACGAUGGUGGGAGAUCACGUGAGAGAGGUGGGUCGAAGCAGAGGAAAAGAGAGUCAGAGGAAGGUGGUCAUGGCUACUACGAAGGGCGUAGUAGACGUUCAAGCCAUUAUGAUGAGCGUGAGGAGGAACAAGGAGGUGACCAAGGCCGUUAUGGGAGAAUGGAGAAAGAAGAAUACCGUUAUGAUGAUCGUGAGUACAAGCGGUCAGAGCGUUCCAAGUCGCGUGAGUAUUGA